UUGGCCCCUCGGCCGUGACUUCCCACCACACAUCCGACGCUACAACGGAGAAGGAGCCAUCGUCCUGUGAUUCCCGGUUGCAGAGCUACUGCUGAAGUCGAUUGCAAUUGAUGAGAAAUACGUAGAAGAUGAGCUGCAGCGGUUGCCGGGUACUGCGCAAGGGCUGCAGCGACACCUGCGUCCUCCGUCCGUGCAUACAGUGGAUCGAUGGGGCCGACGCCCAGGCGCACGCCACCGUCUUCGUCGCCAAGUUCGUCGGCCGCUCCACCCUCCUCUCCUUCCUCUCCUCCGUCCCCCUUUCCCAUCGCCCAGCUGCGUUCCGAUCCUUGCUUUACGAGGCGUGCGGCCGCACCAUCAACCCGGUCAACGGCGCGACGGGGCUGCUGUGGACCGGGAACUGGCACUUGUGCCAGGCGGCGGUGGACACGGUGCUGGGAGGCGGAACCAUUCGACCGCUGCUGGAACUCGGCGGCGAUGCCGACGUGGAGGAGCUGUACAGGUAUCAGAAGGGAGGGGCGUCGUCUUCUUCCUCCUCGCCGCCGCGGAAGAGGACGAGGGAUCCGGAGAGCAAGGUGUCUCCCAAGUUCGAUCUGGACCUCUGCUUGAUGCCGCGUUCACCGGAGGCACAGGGGAAGGGCAAUUGGCGCGCGUCUACGCCGUCGGCAACGUCGGAGAGCUCGGUGACGACGACGAACGAGGGAUGUGCCGGAGAUAAAACGGCAGAGGAGAAGCCGACGCUUCUAAAUCUCUUCGCCUAAGGAUCCGUCGGCUGAUCGUCGUCGUGCCAAAAGGAUGGGACACAUCAUCGGCGGCUUCUGGUUUUCCGGUGAAGGUGUUACAGCACCCUGGAAAGGAAAUCCGACGAUCUGCCUCGCUUCUUCUUCCUCCGACUAAAAUGACUUGUGUUGAUCCACUGGGUGUAAACAAUCGGCGUGUGUUCUUCCCGCCUGUGCCAUUAAUCUUUGUCCUUGUGCUGGGCCGCUUAAGCCACCAAGUAAUUAAACAUAUUUUGUCCUC